AUGUUGUCCACGAACACCAAAGACACCAAAAAGAACGCAUCAUCGAGUAAAACAAUCCAAGUCUUCUCGAAAACUCGCGAACCAAUCUUCGGUUCAUUCGAUUGUCUUUACAAAGAAACUCACGACGUUUCCCCGCUCGGAAUAUCGAGUUUACCGCAAAUAGGCAAGCUCACCAUCCACAGAACGUUCGCGAUCUUUACGAGUUCCUUCAACGGCACCAUAUCGAGGAAAUUAAAACAGAGAGAUUUAGAUUCCAUCGACGCGCGGUCGAGAAUAAGCUUGAUCUUUAAAGAGAAAGAACGGGAAAGAGCGAAACUUUUGACAAGAAGGAGCAGCAAGUUGGAAAACGUCGAGGAAAAUGGUGAAGACGCGAAGGCGAAUACUGCGAGCAACGAUGCGAUAAAAAACGAGAAAACUUCACGGGAAAAAGGAAAAACGUUUCAGUUACAAUUCGUGGACAACACGGAGUGCUUCGAACGGUUGGUGAAGAAGUGGAAGUUGGAGCGCGGGAGGCGGCCGCGGAACGAAGAGAAGGAGGAUUUUGCGGGCGGGGAGGAGGAGGAAGACGCCACGACCGAGAAUAAUACUAAUACGAACGAUGGAGGAGAGAAAACGAACGAGGAUGGCGACGAUGAUGUUGACUUGAAACGCAUCGCGUAUAAGCCGGCGAAAGGAGCGCAACUUCGCAGAAACGAUUCGACGUUAGACGGAGAUUUGGACGAUUUGAACGACGAAAGCGCGAGCGCGUACGGAGCCGCGGACGCGCUCAUUCGAACGAUGGAAACGAUGGCAGGUAAACUUCCGUUCGGUGCGGGGAAGAAAGCGAAGUACGCGGCGUAUUUUCUCAGGCAACAAAUCAAAGCGACGAGACGCAUGACGAAGAAAUCGGUCAAGUAUACCAUGCGAUACGUGAAUCGACGCUCGCGAGAGUUGGCGUUGGCGAGGAAACGGCAAUCGGCGAAAAGCGCGGUUUUCCGGAAAGUCGAAGCCGUGGACGUGGAAAAAGAAGUCUCGAAAACGUUGUUUGUUCGUUUGAUUCGAGCGAAGAACGUGCUCGCCAUGGACGACGGCGGCACGUCCGAUCCGUUCACGGAAAUCCGUUUCCGCGGAUUACAAAACGUUUCCAGAACGAUCGAGAAAACGUGCGAUCCAGAGUGGGAGCAAACGUUUACGUUUAACAUUCCAAACGGGAAACGCGUUUUAGACGCGUCCGAUGCGGUCGAGUUAUACGUGUACGACCGAGACCAAGCUUUGAAUGAUUUCAUCGGCUACGCCAAACUCGAUUUAGAAGGAGAAGAGGUGCAAGACGAAGAGUCGAUGAAAUUAAACCGCAAAAAAAUGUCGAGCGCGUGGAAACGCGUGGACUCAGCCUCGGAAGGAGGCUUGAUUGUUCCUUCGACAAAACUUUUAAACGAAUCGUUCGAAAGCGAAAACGGCGGCGAAAGUCCUUCUCUCGGGAUCUCCAAGGAUAAGAAACCGAUACCGCCAGUCGCGACGAAAGUUCGAUACGAUAAACACACGGGUAAAAAAUACACGCAAAAAACCAUCCAUCUCUCCUCUUUGCCGGAAAACCAACAACCGUCGUUCUUCGAUGUGAAUCAUUUGAAAGAAAAGCUGAUGUUUUGGGAAGGCGAGAGAAAGUUUACCGGGACAAUCACGUGCGAGUAUUGGUUCGGGUCGAGACACGACGCGGAGUUUCGAGCAUCCGCGCAGCCGAAAUUGAGAACCGCGAAUAACGAACUGACUGCUUCAAUUCAACACUAUUGCGACCCGGUGACGGCUUUGCUAAGAGUGGACGUUCGCGCGGGGAGAAAUAUCGUCAACUUGGAUUGCGAUAAAGGCGAAGACGGGUCCGAAGGCGGGAGCGACCCGUACGUUGAAGUCAGCGUCAUCGACGCCGUCGAUCGAUCCAAGGUGAAGAAAUCGACGCAUUACAUCGAAGACUCGAGGAACCCGUUGUGGAAUCGAACGUUUACGUUCCUGACUUCGCAACCGUAUUCAAACACCAUGCAGCUUAAGUGUUACGAUUACGACGGCGCGACGAGUUUUGACGACGUCAUCGGGUGUUAUUCCGUUCCCUUUGCCACGAACCUGCCGUAUCGAUGGGUCACUUUGAGACACCCGAAAACUGGGUCGGAGAAGAACGAGUUUGGCGUUCCGUACGGGGAAAUCGAAGUCAGAGCGUACAUCGACGAGGAGUAUUUCGACCACUUACACGGUGGAAACGCGACGAGAGCGGUUGGGAAACUCUCCGUGGAUAUUCUCGAGGCAAACGGGAUCGAUAAGAUUCCGCAAGGCGCGUAUUGCGUCUGUAAGAUUGGUCCGUAUUGGUCGAGGUUGGAAACGGUGAAGAAGACCGAGUUUAGCGGGGAAUUAGGUGACGAAGACAUGCAGAAAGUAUCAGAAGACGACGACGACGAUGGUGUUGAUGCCGGAGGCGACGAAGGAGAAGAUGGUGAAGCGAGGCCUCCGAAACCAAAAGCUCUGAACGACGACGCGCGCCGGGCAAAGAAAAUCGCCAAGAUGAUUGAAAACGCAAACAAGAUUCGAUGGAACAAACGUUUAAUUUACCCGGUCUCUGAACCGUCCGACGAGGUCAUCGUCUCCGUCUUCGACGCCGAAAACGACGACGUCAUUGGCACGAUCAAGUUACCUUUGUCGUGCAUGGAAGACGGCGUGCGAUACGAAAACGAGUGCGUGUUGAUGAUGAACGCCAACGUCGCCAUCGGCGAUAUCGUCAAAAAUGGCACUUUAACGUUAGCCUUUACGUUUACACACUUCAAAGGCGGCGCUCUGGUUGCUCGAAAGUACAUAAAACCAAAGUUACCGGCGAAAUGGUACUUUUAUCCUCUCUCGCCGAACGAAACGCAACGCGUGCUCAGAGCGCAAAAAGACGUCUUGGUGAAGAAGCUUUUACAAGCCAAUCCACCCAUACCAGAAAAAGUGUCGCAACACAUCUUGGCGUAUUCUCAACACACGGUCAACGUCAUGAGCAUUAAGAGCUCUAUUGCGAGACUGGAGAAAUCCAUGUCCGGUUUCGUUAAUUUGCACCAAGGCUUGACGUUUACGUUCUCGUGGGAAUCGAUUCCGUUGACGGUUUUAGCGCAAUGCUUGUUGGUGUUUUGGAUUUAUCACCCCGAGUGGUUGAUCCCAUCGUUUUGUUUUGGUUUAGCCAUGAACGCUUUGCUGUUAUUCCCGGGUCGAUAUCAGCGCGUGUUGGACCGAAUGGUACCGAACGAGUUCCUUUCGGUUGGCAUCGCGGCGGCGCCGGAGGACAUCGACGACGCGUUGAAAUUAAAAGAUCAAGAAGAUCGAGAAAAAGAGAUUGAAUCAAAAGAUGCGCGCAUGGCGGCUAAUCUCGAUUCGGACGGCGAGGAUUUUGACGACAAAGAAAAGGCGGCGAAAGACGCCAAAGAGGCGGAGAAGAAGAAGAAAAGUAUGACCAAGCCGAAGGAAGCGGCGACGUGGGAUUCAAUCAAUCCCAUCGCGCAGUUGCAAAAACAGUUGGAAGAAGUAAAACUGUUAAUCACGCAAUCGCAGUCGAUCUUAGAUCAAGUCGCUGGUGGUGUCGAGCGCUUCAUCGGUAUCUUCACGUGGGCAGAACCGCGAGUGACGGCGAUGACCAUUCUCGUCGUCUUGGCGUUGGGUUGGGCGACGUUGUACAUUCAAACCAUCGUCCGAGUUGGUUUCGAAUUGAUGACGGGCGUCGUCGCCAAAGUCGUUUUCAAGAUUGUCACCCCAGAGAGAGUGAAAUUCGCGUGCACGUGCGGCCUCUUGUGGCUCUUACGUCAUCCGGCCAUCUUUCCGGACGACGUGCGAAGAGCCAUCCAAGAAGAAAAGAACGCUCGAAUCGAAGCGCAACUCGCCGCCGAGGCGAAGAAAGCGAGCGGGGAAAUGAACGCCCAACCGGAAGAGGUUGAUUUGGAAUUAGAAGAGGCGCUUAAAGACGCGCCGCCGAAGGUGGACUACUUGUUCGACCCGAGACCAAUGCCGCCGUUGAAUGUAUUUUUUAGAAUUCCGACGAGGAGUUCGCAGCUCGUGUAG